GGAGGGUCAGCCGCGGCGGCAGGGGCGGCAGCGGCGCAGCUCCGCUCCCGCGCGUCCCCCGUCCCCGCGCCCAGGCAGGGCGCGCCGUCCCUGUCGCCGGGAUGCGGCUGCCUGCCUGUCGCGGCCGCCGCCUCGCGCUCUCGGCACUGCUCUCGCUCCUCACCUGCUCCCUGGCCUUUGCUUUGGCUCCUGAAGAUAUAAAGAAAGAGAUCAAGCAGUCUAAGAAUUUGAAGAAAAGUGAUAUAUCAAGGAAAAAUGACAUAGAUUUAAAAGGAAUUGUAUUUGUCAUCCAGAGUCAAAGUAAUUCUUUUCAUGUGAAGAGAGCAGAACAGUUAAAAAAAAGCAUCUUAAAGCAGGCUGCAGAUCUUACACAGGAACUCCCCAGAGUCCUCCUCCUCCAUCAGCUGUCUGAGCAGGAAGGUGCAUGGACCGUCCUGCCAUUGUUGCCACACUUUUCUGCAACAUAUAGCAGAAAUUCAUCAUGGAUUUUCUUCUGUGAAGAAGAGACAAGAAUACAGAUUCCAGAACUCUUAGAAACACUCAGAAGAUAUGACCCAUCGAAGGAAUGGUUUUUAGGAAAAGCAUUACAUGAUGAAGAAUCUACAAUAAUUCACCAUUAUGCCUUUUCUGAAAAUCCUACAGUUUUUAAGUAUCCGGACUUUGCAGCUGGCUGGGCCCUUAGUAUUCCACUUGUAAACAAGCUUACCAAGAGGUUAAAGAGUGAAUCCCUGAAAUCUGACUUUACAAUAGAUUUAAAACAUGAGUUUCCUGUCGUGUGGCAGAUUGCUCUCUACAUCUGGGACAAAGGCGGUGGACCUCCCCUGACUCCAGUGCCUGAGUUUUGUACAGAUGGUGUGGUCUCCUCCUGCGCUACCACAUUCCAUUCUUUUCUGCCACUUUGUGGAAAUCCAGUGAAGAAGGAGGAUAUUUUUGUUGCAGUAAAAACAUGCAAGAAAUUUCAUGGUGAUAGAAUACCCAUUGUAAAGCAGACGUGGGCGGGUCAGGCAAGUCUCAUUGAAUACUACAGUGAUUACGUGGAGAGUUCCAUUCCUACAGUAGAUCUGGGCAUUCCUAACACAGAUAGAGGUCAUUGUGGAAAGACAUUUGCCAUUUUGGAAAGAUUUUUGAAUCAUAGCCAUGACAAAAUAGCAUGGUUAGUCAUUGUGGAUGAUGACACCUUAAUAAGCAUCUCCAGGCUCCAGCGCUUGCUGAGCUGUUACGACUCCAGUGAAGCCGUGUUUCUGGGGGAGCGCUACGGCUACGGCCUGGGCACUGGCGGCUACAGCUACGUCACGGGAGGAGGAGGAAUGGUCUUCAGCAGAGAAGCAAUCAGGAGACUUCUUGCCAGUAAGUGUCGCUGCUACAGCAAUGAUGCUCCCGAUGACAUGGUCCUGGGCAUGUGCUUCAGUGGCCUGGGAAUCCCCGUGACACACAGCCCUCUCUUCCAUCAGGCUCGGCCUGUGGAUUACCCUCAGGCCUACCUUUCUCACCAAGUUCCCAUAUCGUUCCACAAACACUGGAACAUCGAUCCGGUGAAGGUGUAUUUCACGUGGUUGGCACCCCGUGAGGAAGACAAAGCCAAGCGGGAGACACAGAAAGGCUCUAAGGAGGAGCUGUGAAGCAUGGUGGCCUGUGCGCCCUGGCGUCAUCCUGCUGUGCUGCCAUCAUACUACUUACGUGUGCCACGUCGGAUUGGAAGCUUCCUGACGUUAGGGGGAAAUUAUGUAUAUAGUAUUUUUUAAGGUUGGGGGAGAAAAGAAGUCAUGGGGAAACAGAUUUUUUUUCUGGGAAAAAUCACUUGCUUUUGCAUUAUGCAGUAACUGUAACACACAGUGAUAACUGUGUAUUUUUCAAGCUGUGAUACAGCAGCUUUAUUUCUGUCACAGAAAAACAAGUGGUACGAGAAGCCUCCUUCCUGUCUCUCUCUUCCUUAUAAUGAAGGGUUCAGUUGGGCGUGAGACUGGAGAGACGUGACUGUCAUUCUGUAUGUAUAUAUAUAAAGAAGAGGGACAGCCUGUUGACAUGGAAAUUACAAUGGUGUAAACUUUUUAACCAUAUUGCUGGUGAUGAAAAUUAUUUCCUAGUAACUUGGUAGGAAUAAUGCUAUAUUAAGGGUCAUUCAAAAAACAUCAUAAAACUCUGGCGGUGACAUCCCCUGUAAUCUAUAAUCAGAAGUAUGUUUUAUCUGUUUUCCUGUUUGUGCCUCAUCAAAAGAAUAAUUCCUUUAGAUUCAUCUGUGUUCUGUUUCUCCCUGAAGCCCUAUCUUUAUGACCUACUUGUAACAUGGAAGUGUACUGGAUGCUGCCAGAAAAUAGUGUCCUCAAUAUUUAAAAACAGUGUUGUGUUUUAUUCAAGUCAGUGAGCUCUGUGUAAGUCUCAGGAAGUGAAUUAAGUUAAUUUGUCCCUGAUGUUUUACUCUUAUUUUUCUUGGUUGUUACUUAACGACUCUCUGACUCAGAAUAGACCCCCUGGGGUACCCUGAAACCCUAGUGGAAGGACAGCAUGGUGAUCUGACAAUUUCCCUGGGUUCUUAAAGAAUGAAAUUUGAACCUAGUAUUCUGAAACAGCUCUAAUUUUCAAAUCAUAUGUUUAAAAUAUAGUAAUUUAACACAGUAUUAAUUUGUACAAAGUACUCUGUAUUUUAAUGUUUUAAUUAUAUAAUUCAGUUUUCUAAAGGUAUUUGCAUAAAAUUUGAUUUUGAUAUAUCUUAAACUAGUUUUGGUAUAGUAAAAUACUUUCCUCUUUUUUUUUUUAAUAAAAAUUGCUAUUCAUUAACUUUGCUUGUAAUGCUUUUAUAGGCAAGCACAGAGUUUUAAAGCCAUACCACCAAAAGUACCCAUGUGUAUGUUUUUUAAACAAUCUAUCUUUCUUGUAGCUUAGAUUUGACUCAUUACCAAAAUGAUGCAAUAUUAUUCACUGUUUCCCAAGUUAGCAGAUCCCAGGACUGUUGUGGUUCAGUGGUAACUGAAUGUGUUGGGUUCAUUUUUGUGAAAGUGGAUUUUGUGGCCCACCCAAGGAAUGGAUCAGGGACAGUCGGCUGGGUGAGAGGCACCCUAAGGGUUUAUAGAUCCCGUCCAGGUGUUGGUGAUGACAUCAGCAUUGUUGUCAUAGCUGGAAUUAUUGUCAUGCUACCAUCAUGGUCACCGUUGUGUCAUCUGAAAUGAGACUCCUGGAGGUUCUGGCUGCCUGACGCCAGGGAGAAGAGUCUUCCUACUCCUGCCUGCCAACUGUCACACUCAGAAAACAGUGUAUUCAUCAGACAGGGCCAAACUGGCCUCUGAACGUGAAGAUCCAUGUUAAGCUUUCCCUGUGUUAUGAUCAGUGCCUUCUGCUGACACCGGAGCACCUCCUCUGGUACUUUUGGUUGUUUAUUAAUUAUGUUUACUUUUUGGAACUAUGUAAGCCUAACUGCAAAUAAAAGAUCUU